GUACCGAGCCCCGACGGCAUGGGUACAAAGUCUCACAUCACCUUGCGCAACUCAAGGCUUAUAUACUGUGUUGCGCUACGAUAUCUAAGUUGACGUGGAUUUUAUGACUUGGUAGAACUUCAUCACAUCAUAUGCUUGAGAAUUCCCCGUUCACAUCUCCCACAUAGUAGAGAAGGUACACAUUUCAAACAUCCCAGCUUACGUACAAUGGGUGAAGUCAAGCAGGUAGCUCUGGUAGUCGGUGCCUCGAGAGGUAUCGGUCGUCAAAUCGCCAUUGACCUCGCGAAGAAUGGCUAUGCAGUCGUCGUUGCCGCAAAGACCACCAGCGACGCAUCCAAGGCCAAUCCAUUCCCACCGAAUACCAACUCAAAUGAUUCAACGAUUAGCACGGUAGCCCGCGAAAUCCACGAGGCCGGCGGCGACGCAACGCCAAUCGCCGUCGACGUGCGAGACCAAGACAGUGUCACACGGCUAAUCGAACGGACAAUCAAGAUCUACACCCGCCUCGACGUCCUAGUCUACAACUCGGGCGCAAUCUGGUGGGCCUCGGUCGAAGACACGCCCCCCAAACGCUUCCAGCUCAUGCAGCGCGUGAACCCAGAGGGCCUCUAUCUGACCCUCCACGCCGCGCUCCCGCACCUCAAGCGCCAGCGCCGCGGCCGUAUUGUUGUCGUCAGCCCGCCAAUCUACAGCCGCUUCUUCCGGGGCAAGACGGCAUACGCCAUGGGUAAAGUCGGCAUGAGCGUCUUGACAAAGGGUCUGGCCAUGGACCUCGUCCGGCAAGGGCUGGACGACAUGGCCAUUACGAGUAUCUGGCCCGCCGCAGCCAUUGAAUCCGCAGCAACUCAAAAAUUCCAAACCGCAAACGCCGACGAAUCAAAAGACCUGCGUAAGCCCACGAUCUUCUCCGACGCCAUCCUCGAGAUCCUGCGCGCGCCCGCGGCAAAAGUCAACGGCGAGCUCGUCCUGGACGAAGACUUCUUGCGGGAUCACGCCGGCGUCACGGACUUUGCUAACUACUCUCUCGUUCCCGGGUCCGAGCCGCGGAGAAUCAUGCCCGCGGAACUGCCCGAUCUGCGCGUCAAGGAGCAGGACGACGAGGGGAAGAGGUAUGAUAGCGCCAAAGCGAAGCUUUGAAUGGGGGGAGUACGUUGGAUCAGCUAUUUUGUGUAGGAAUAAAAUGAUUUCUUGAGAGACUUAUACUUAUGCCAUGUAACUUUGGCGUCGAAAUUAAGGCACGACUCGUUGUCGACGUAUGGAGUCCAAGUUCUCGAACAAUAGAAUUAU